AAAAAGUGUUAGAAAUCAGAUGUAGUUUUUUUUUUUGGGAAUAGCUCACAGAGUUUGAAUAAAAGUGUAAAACAAAAUUUAAGUAGCAAACGAAUUUCAGUGUUUCCUUUUUUCAGUUUUCUUAUAGUUUUCCUCAAGCCAAUCGAAAGAGAGCUGCGAAAAGAUGCGAAGGGGGCGCAACGCAAUCAAAAAAACCGCACUCACUGCGAUGGAGCAAUACGAGUUGAAUCAAUGGCUCGAACAGAAUGAGAUCCAUUCGAAUAAUUUGCGACGUUCGUUCACGGAUGUGCUGCCAUUGGCGCGUCUCCUAUCGCGUUACUAUCCCGAUCUGAUCGAUCUCAACUAUUAUCCGCCACGGAACAGUGUGCACAACAAACUCUGCAACUGGGAGUCGUUCAACAAGCGUGUCUUAACCCGUCUCGGUCUCCAUUUGUCGCGCGAUCAAAUGGUGCGUGUGGCACGCAGUGUUCCCGGCUCCGUGGAUUUGCUGCUCUACAGCAUUAUGCGUGUGCAGCUGGCGGCGGAGCGAAAGGCGCGUGAGGCCAAAGAUAGCAGUGCCGAUGAUGAGGACAAUGCGACUGAAGCUGAGGCAGAAGCAGCCGCUCGACAGCAGUUGCAGUUGCAACAGCAGCAGUCAGAUAGCCAGCAAUUGCUGGAGAGGGACAUCGAUGCGCAACGUCCACGCACUUUAAAACAGGCGCAGGCGGUCUUGAGGCGUUCGGAGCGUGCUCAAAGUGCCACAAGUGCGACAAUGCGACGCCAGAGUCAAAGUCAAAGCCAGGCUGAGGAGUUGGUGGCAGCAGAUGCACAGCAAAGAGGCCGUCAAGCAGCUGCAGCAAAGAAACGAUAAAAUCGAACGAUUCAAUCAGUUGAGCGCCCAUCUGGAGAAUAUGCUGCAAUUGAAGUGCGAACGCAUCGAUGAGCUGCAACAGCAGGUGGCCCGCCUCAAUCCUCAUCCUUAUCCACCAGCUGAUUCAGCACAGCGGACAGCAGAAACUUCUGGCAACAACAACAACAAGCACAAAAACAACACGCAACAGAAGCGUUGCAUGCGUCUCAAGAAACGCGCCACAACGAGACGCACAAUUCAAGCAUUGACGGACAAAAUUCGCAUCCCGGGCUUUGGCUUUGCUGCUGCUGCGUUUCCGCUCAAAUUGACACCAAACACUUGAGACAUGAACUCACUUAACACACACACACACACACUCACACACACACACUUGAAACACACAUACACUUACUUGACACUCACACACUCCACAUUCAUUGAAGCACUCGUUUCUUCUGUCUGUCGAAAGCUCUACACAUAUUCUAUUGAGAUUUGUGCUAAAUUUUGAAUUUGUCAUUCGUAACGCAUUUUUGGCAGCAUUAAUAAAGAUCAAAUCAAUUCCAAAGUUCAGCCUAAAGCUUUAAUGAACUUUACACUUAAAUUUACAUUUUGAAUUUGUCAUUCGUAACGCAUUUUGGACAGCAUUAAUAAAGAUCAAAUCAAUUCCAAAGUUCAG